UGAGCCCUUUCAGAGGACUCUCGAGGAGACUGGAAGGGCAUUCCGGUCAAAACACGUCGCCCCUCUCAGCCUUUAAAUACAGGCUUCUCCUAUUAUCCAGUCGCGUUCUAUAUUCGUAUUCCCCUCUUCUUGCUCAUAACCCUAGCUAUUGUUUCUGCCUCAUCAAAGAUGCAAAUCUUCGUGAAAACCCUCACCGGCAAGACUAUCACCCUCGAGGUGGAGAGCUCCGACACCAUAGACAACGUCAAGGCUAAGAUACAGGAUAAGGAGGGAAUCCCCCCCGACCAGCAGAGGCUCAUCUUUGCCGGAAAGCAACUUGAGGACGGUCGUACCCUUGCCGACUACAACAUCCAGAAGGAAUCAACCCUUCACCUUGUUCUCCGACUCAGGGGUGGUAUGCAGAUCUUCGUCAAGACUUUGACGGGCAAAACCAUCACCCUAGAGGUGGAGAGCUCCGACACCAUAGACAACGUCAAGGCCAAGAUCCAGGACAAGGAGGGAAUUCCACCGGACCAGCAGAGGCUUAUCUUCGCUGGAAAGCAACUUGAGGAUGGCCGUACCCUUGCCGACUACAAUAUUCAAAAAGAAUCGACCCUUCAUCUUGUUCUCCGACUCAGGGGUGGCAUGCAGAUUUUCGUGAAAACCCUCACUGGCAAGACCAUCACCCUCGAGGUCGAGAGCUCCGACACCAUCGAUAACGUGAAGGCCAAGAUCCAGGACAAGGAAGGUAUCCCACCGGACCAGCAGAGACUGAUCUUCGCCGGAAAGCAACUCGAGGACGGCCGUACCCUAGCAGACUACAACAUCCAGAAAGAAUCGACCCUCCAUCUGGUUCUCCGACUCAGGGGUGGCAUGCAGAUUUUUGUGAAAACAUUGACCGGCAAGACCAUCACCCUCGAAGUGGAGAGCUCCGAUACCAUCGAUAAUGUUAAAGCCAAAAUUCAGGACAAGGAAGGUAUCCCGCCGGAUCAGCAGAGGUUGAUCUUUGCAGGGAAGCAGCUUGAGGAUGGCCGCACCCUAGCCGACUACAACAUCCAGAAGGAGUCCACCCUGCACUUGGUCCUCCGUCUGAGGGGUGGUAUGCAGAUCUUCGUUAAGACGUUGACUGGCAAGACCAUCACCCUUGAGGUCGAGAGCUCUGACACCAUUGACAACGUGAAGGCGAAAAUCCAAGACAAGGAGGGCAUUCCGCCCGACCAGCAGAGGUUGAUAUUUGCUGGGAAGCAAUUGGAGGACGGCCGAACCCUGGCCGACUAUAACAUUCAGAAGGAGUCAACCCUGCAUUUGGUGCUUCGCCUGCGGGGUGGGAUGCAAAUUUUCGUGAAGACAUUGACGGGGAAAACCAUCACAUUGGAGGUGGAGAGCUCAGACACGAUCGAUAAUGUCAAAGCUAAAAUUCAGGACAAGGAGGGGAUUCCACCGGAUCAGCAAAGGCUCAUAUUUGCUGGGAAGCAGCUGGAGGAUGGAAGGACCCUAGCUGACUACAACAUUCAGAAGGAAUCCACCCUUCAUCUUGUCCUCCGUCUCCGUGGUGGUUUCUGAGCCAAGCGGCAGUCUCGUCGUGGUGGUGUGUGUGGGGUUACCCAGAGUAUUGUCUCCGGCAGCAGUGUAUGUAGCUCGCCGGCUAUCAGUGUGGUGGUGUUGGUCUUUCUGGACGCUGGUUCUGCGUCUUUAUUUUACUGUUUCUGAGUGUGUUGUCUAUGGCCUGGAGCUGAGCAACAUAAAAUGGUUGUGAGAUGGUAACGGGCCCACGUACCUGUAAUAAUAAAAUGCCAAUAAAAUGCUCUUUUAAGAA